AUGGGUAAGCGGGACAAUCGGGUGGCCUAUAUGAAUCCUAUAGCAAUGGCCAGAUGGAGGGGCCCAUCUCAAUCUGCAGGCCCAACAAUACAAGAUUAUCUGAAUCGACCAAGGCCUACCUGGGAAGAAGUGAAGAAACAAUUAGAAAAUAAAAAGAAAGGCUCCAAGGCAUUAGCUGAAUUUGAAGAAAAAAUGAAUGAGAACUGGAAGAAGGAACUAGAAAAAAGCAGAGAGAAAUUAUUAAGUGGAAAUGAGAGCUUAUCCAAAAAAAGAGACAGAAAGAAAAAGAAAAAGAAGAAAUCUUGUCGGUCUUCAUCUUCUUCUUCAUCAAGCACUGAUUCUUCAAGCAGUUCUCCAGAUUCCGAAGAUGAGGAAAAGAAACAAGGAAAAAAGAGAAAGAAAAAGAAGAACGAUUCAUACAAAUCAUCAGAAAGCUCUCCAUGUGAUUCUGAAUCAGAGAGCAAGGAAUCUGUAAAAAAGAAAAAGAAGUCAAAGGAUGAAACAGAGAAAGAAAAGUGUAUUAGAAGUCUCAGCAAAAAAAGAAAGAAGACUUGUUCUGAGUAUAAACCUUUAUCAUUGGAGUCCUCAUCAGAAUCAGAUUAUGAAGAAGAGAUGCAAGCAAAAAAGAAGAGAAGACGUGAAGAGCAAGAAAAAACAACAGAAAAAGCAAAGAAGAAGAAGAAGAAGAAACAGCACAAAAAACAUAGUAAGAAGAAGAAAAAGAAAUCAGGUUCAAGUCACAAAUCAGGAUAG